UUGAACGUUUAACUCCGUUCGGAAAACAUACAACAGUAAUAAACUUAAUCGUAUACAGAAAGAACUUUCUUCUGGAACACCAUUUCCAUGGACUAAGUGCGAAAACAAGUGAUUUCAAAGUGAAUUGUGAUAGCAAUACCAGUGAUUGAACUAUAAACCCCAGCAACUGGACUAAGUUGAUUUUGGACUUAUUUAGUUUUAUUAUUACCAUGAAGACCCCAGCUCAUUUUGGUGAUGAUAUCACCAACCAAACCAAUAACACGGAUGCAAAUGCCAAUAAUAUGGGAGCAAUGAUGAUUUGCUCCCGAUUGGCAGGAAGAGCCAUUAUAAGAGUUGUGGGACGAUGUGAAGAUGCACAAGAAAAUAAUAAUCUUGAUCUCUCAGAAUGUCAGCUGAUGCAAGUGCCAGACGCCGUCUACCACCUGAUGCGUCAUACAGAGCUCAAAACCUGCGAUUUAAGUGGCAACGUUAUCACGAAAAUUCCGCCUAAAUUCGCGACAAACUUUAAUCUUAUCACAGAUUUGAAUCUGUCUCACAAUCAAAUGGCAAAGCUUCCUGAUGAACUUGUGGAUCUUGGAAAUUUGGAACGUCUGGAUAUUUCUCAUAACACUUAUAUUGCACUGCCAAAUGUCGUCUUCAAAAUUCCGAAAUUGACGAGGAUUUACGCAAAUCACAAUCAUAUUGCCGAUGUGGACACCGAUAAACUGCGCAACGCCCCAUCUUUACGCGAAAUCGACCUAAGGAACAACCCGCUGUUACCUCGUGCUCAUGGAAAACUGAAGCAGUUGACUUUCCCUGAGGUUAAGAUUUCUGAACUUGAAGAGGAAGAAUGGGACUUGGAUGUCUGAUUAUUAUGAGAACUCAGUUUUAUAUUAUUUAAGAAAUGUAGAUUUAGUUUUGUAUAUAGUUUUUAUACCAUACUAAAAUCCGAGUCUGUGGUGAAAACAGAAAAUUGCUGUUACUUUUUCAUCAAAGGCUUGGAACAUAUCAAUCACAAUUGUGUACUUGUGUAAGUUAAGGUCUGAAUUCGCUGCUUCAAAAAAAGUUUAUUAUUUGAAUGAUUAUGAUAACGGAACUUUCAGUACAUUUUAACUUAAACUAAAAAUAUUUAUCGGAAAGUAAGUUUUUUGCGAUAUCAUUUUUAAAACCUUUAAAAAAGGUACAGGUACUUCAUUAUGCAUUACACAAACAUUAUACUAAAUGUGCUUCGACUUUUUUUACAAGGGUCAGAAUAACUUUCACAUAUAGUUUUUUUAUAACAAAUCAUAGAAAAAUAAAUCAGUUGUUAUUUUUGAUAAUUUCAAUAAGAAUUUAUCAUUUAAUAGAAAAUUUAAUUUAUAAAUUGAAUGCCUCAAAAAUUAAUAGAAUUCUUAUUAAGGUGCUUAAAAUUGGGUGACAUGGAACUAUUUGCAAACAUUUAGCGUUACGAUUUUCUUUUCCAAUAUUUUGUGGUUGAUAUUACCAUUAAUUUAAGAAUCAAGGUCUUAAGGGUUAUAUUAUUUACUCUGAAAGACUAGCGUUUAUUGUGUGAUAAUUUAUAGAUUUUAUACUUAAAUUUAUAAGAAGUUUGUGUAUUAUAAAACUAGAUUAAACGGGUGCAAUGAGAACAAAUUAAAAAUAUAAAGAA